AUGCACUUUGAGCUGGAGGAGGUGGAGCGCUUCACCGCUGCGCUGAGCGAGUUCCCUUUGCCGGAGAGCCUCGAGGACAUGCAGCGCCUGGAACGCUUCCAGAUGGCUAUCCUGAGCUGUGUGGAGAGCCUUUACAGGGACAGGGAGAAGCCCUAUCUUGGCCAGGUGUUGAAGCGCCUGCGGGCCACGAAGCUUUGGCUGCCGUCGGAGCUGCGCGCUCUACCUGCGGUCUGCGCCCAAGAGGGCCGCUACUACCUGGUGCCGCCUUUCGGGGGCCUGGCACCCUGCCUACUACUGCGCUGUGCGCCCCCAGGCUACACGGAGUGGUACGGCAACAUGCCGCUGGAGGCCCCUGCGGUGUCGAAGGAGGAGGAAUCCGCCAGGAACCUGCGCGCCGGCAUGGGCGAUGCUCGCUGCGCCCAGCUGCGGGAGGUGGUGGAGGAUCUCUACGCGGAUCGCAUCGAGCCGAGCCUCCCGGAGGUGCAGGAGCGCCUGCGCCUGCGCGGCUGGAGCUUUGCGGAGGCCCAGCAGGCGGUGCUGCUCUAUGCCUGUCAGAAGGAGACCUAUCGGAUCUGCAAGCCAACCGCCAGCAAGCCGGUGGUGGUCUUCUUGCAAGAGACGCCUCCGGGCUUCGAGGGCUGGGCCGAUGGGAUCGGCCUGCUGCCGGAGGCGUCUCCAGACAUGGAGCUGGGCUUGAAGUCUGUGCUGGCGGCAGGCCUUGCCCCACGACUCUCGGGCGGUGUGGCCGGUGCAGCCGCAGCGCUGCAAAGUCAUUGCCGCCGGAGUUUGGGCGAGCUGCGGGCACUAGUGCGGGUCUUUCUGAAGAAAGGGCUCCUGUGCUACAGCGGGGAUGAGCUGUUGCCCACUGAACAGCUCAAAGCAGAACUGAACUGGCUGCAGGAGCGGCUUUCUGAGCUUAUCGUUGUUGGCGCUCACGAAGUACGCCUGGGCAUGUAA